AUGUCUACUGGUGAUAAUCCGGUACAACAUCAGUCUAAAACUAGUUAUGAUUCAGACGACUCAUCGUCGUCUAGAUCAGUAUUUAAUAGAUCAGAUUUUCAAACAAUUGCACCACAAGCAAUUAAUACACAGUUUAAUUCAAUUUUUUCUGAAGAAAUCUCUUCGGUGGUCAAAGCUAUCAACUAUGAGCAAAUGCACAAAUCGAAUUCUCAAAUACGUUUUCUUGAAGAUAAAAUUAAUAACCAAAAUAAAACAUUAAAUAAUCAACAAUCUGAAAUUUCUAAUUUACAUAAAACAUUAGGUGAUUUAUAUGAUCAAAUGCAUCAUUUGAAGUCGGUUGUCAAUUCUGCACCACAUUCACCAGUCGUUCGUUCUAGACCAAAUUCAGCUAUUAAUGAUUUAAAUCAAUAUGAUAGUCAUAAAAAGAUAGAUUUUUGUAAAUCAACUUCACCAACAUGUAUCCGAAGUCUUCAUGAAACUACAAGUCCACAAAUAGCUCAAGCAACAUCUUUGUAUCAUGAUAAUAUGCUACCUGGUGAUAAUCAAACACGUAUUUUACAAGAAGCUAUACAUAAAUUAAAUGCAGCACUUGAACGUCGUGAUNACCCGGUGAUAAUCAAACACGUAUUUCACAAGAAUCUAUACAUAAAUUAA